AUGGACAGACCACCAUUACCGCCACGACGCAAUCCCUCGUCGCAGUCAGGAUCCAAUCGACCCCCUCCACUGCCACCUCGGAAACCUUCACAAGGAUCGGCUCAACAACGCCCAGCACCAUAUAAAUCAUACUCAGGAAUCGAACACCCCCCUCAUCUAGUUCCAUCACUGAGCGGUAACUUCUUCACCACAUCUUCUCCACCAUCAUGUCUUCCAGCAGGCCAGAAGAAAGGUUACUAUGUUGGGAGAGGAUGUCCCAGUGGUGAGAAUCUACUGCAUGAUGCAUUCUGGUUCCGACACAUCGACGUUCCAGGUUUCUCCACCUGCAGCAGAUGCUUUGAGUUUUAUGUUCGGAACAGCAUCUUCGAGCUCGACUUUACUGGUAAGCUGGAACCAGGUCAGAAUUAUGCUGCUCGAUGCAUGUUUGGUGUACCUCGUAUGGCCGAUAAACUAUGGCCAGAGGCAGUCACCACGCGCGAUCUGCAGUCAGUCAAAGCAUACAUGGAAGUAAGGGCCAAGAUACCCAAUUGUCAUGGUAUGGGAGGCGUCUCUGGAACAGCUUUGGUCGGAUUGAAAUGGUUCCAAGCAAAGCACAAUGCUAUUCCAGGACUUGUCGCUUGUGAGGCUUGUUACAAUGCUUUCAUCGUCGGCUCGAGCUUCGAAAGACGGUUCAGGCUCCAUGAUCAUCAGCCAACUCAGAAACAAACUUGGGCUUGCGAUAUCGCUGUUCCCAAUAUCACAAGGGCAUUUGCUGAACACUCAGAAGUGAAUGAUUGGCCCAAGUUCGUCGCUGCAGCGACAAGUCGCCUGAGUAAGCCUUCUUGUGCUGGUUUCAACGCAGUCAGCUCGGCAAGCCGAGAUUGGUAUGGGAUUAUCUCUGGUGAUGUCAGUGUUGUGAUCUGCGAAACAUGCUUCCUGGACUCAAUGGCCUUGACUGCUUUCGACAAGCAGUACAAACCAAAGCUUCUCCCGAAGGAGAACAAGGAAACUCAGCUGAUAUGCGAUCUCGCAAUCCCAGCAUUGAAAGCUGCCUAUGGAGCAGCACUGGGAUAUGAAAAGCACGACAUCUUCUGGAACACCUGCAAAGUGCAGAUAAAGACGCCUAUAUGCAAAGGUGCAGGCAUGGCUGGUGUACAAUGGUAUACUCUCAAAGGAGGCUGCAACAACUUCGAUGUCUGUCCCACAUGCUAUAGUGGUUUCAUCUGCGCUUUUGGGAUGCAGAUCUACUUCCAACCCCAGAAGAAGUGUCCUCCAGGCACGACCAAGAUGUGCGACUUUUGCGCAGAGGCUCCCAACUUCGCAAAGACCAUAAUACGUUACCAUGUUGCGCUUGAAACACCAGAUACAGAGCAGUUUAUUACUCACAUCCGGCGCAUGGCCUCCAUCUUCCCGUGCACGGGUGUGAAACAACAAGUAGCUCAAUUUUGGCGCAUCGGGCUCAGAGGCGAUCCCAUGGGUGUCUGUCCAGCCUGCUACGAAGAUGUACUACGCGAAAGACCACUCUCCCACUACUUCAACCAUGAGAGUUCACCAGGAAAACAUCUCUGUGAGCUUUACUCCGCAAACAUGCGCCGACGCUGGCGAGCCGUGCAAGAAGCCUCCGCUAUCCAAAAUAUCAGGGAUGCCAACAACAACUACCUCCCCGACGAAACCGCACUCGCAAACUUCAUCGCCUAUCGCGAACACCGCACGCAAGUUUUUAUCGAAACGGUUCCCGUGAUGGAUCAACUACUCGCUGCAGCCCAGAUGCGUUUAUUCGAGCAAAAAAGAUUGAAUAUGAAUAGUUCAUUCUACAAUAAUCUGGAUCGCAUGUCUUCUACGGCAAGUGGAAUUCAUUAUGGUCCGUUGCCGAGGUAUACGACUACGUACGGCAAUUCAUCUGUGGGACAUGGUUUUGCUACUCCGUGGGGUGUGGAGGGCGCUGCGUAUGGGCAACAGGCUGCUGCUGUGGCAAGUCAGGGUGGGGGUGACUUUGCGAGGGUGGCGUAUCUUGAGGCGAGGUGGAAGGAGGUUGAGUGA